CUCAAAAAAAAAAAAAAAGGACAAACAGUAUAGUAUAUACAUAAACAUAAAAGUUGAAGUAAUAGAAUAAGGAGUGCCGCCGGCGCAUUUGUUAAAACCCUAACGGGAAUCUCUAAGUCUACAACCGCCAUUGGCGACGAUGGCCAGUUUACUUUCUGGAGAUUCCUCGUAUGUCGGACCUUCUGAAGUGGUUUCGCGUAGAAUUUCCCAAGAGAAGCCUGAGGAUGGUGGCCGGUGGUACUUUUAUAGGAAAGAAAUUGAAGAGAAUUCUCCAUCUAGGCGUGAUUGUAUUGAUUUGAAAAAGGAAACCUACCUGCGCAAAUCAUACUGCACUUUUCUACAAGAUUUAGGGAUGAGACUCAAAGUACCUCAGGUGACAAUUGCAACAGCUAUUAUUUUUUGCCACCGGUUUUAUCUCCGUCAGUCCCAUGCGAAGAAUGAUAGAAGGACGAUAGCGACAGCUUGUAUGUUUCUUGCUGGGAAGGUUGAAGAAACCCCACGCCCAUUGAAGGAUGUCAUCCUUGUUUCCUAUGACAUCAUGAAUAAAAAGGAUCCUGUGGCUGUCCAGAAGAUUAAGCAAAAAGAGGUAUAUGAACAACAAAAAGAGCUAAUUCUACUGGGGGAAAGGGUUGUACUUGCAACUCUUGGUUUUGAUCUUAACGUGCAACAUCCAUAUAAACCUCUUGUUGAGGCUAUAAAGAAAUUCAAGGUUGCACAGAAUGCUCUUGCCCAGGUUGCAUGGAAUUUUGUCAAUGAUGGGCUGCGGACAUCUCUUUGUUUGCAAUUUGAGCCCCAUCACAUAGCAGCAGGUGCCAUCUUCCUUGCUGCCAAGUUCCUUAAAGUUAAACUUCCUUCAGAUGGAGAGAAGGUCUGGUGGCAAGAGUUUGAUGUCACCCCACGUCAAUUGGAGGAAGUCAGCAAUCAGAUGUUGGAAUUGUAUGAACAGAACAGAGCACCACAAAACCAAGCUAGUGAGGCUGAGGGAAGCAUAGCCGGAGGUGCUACAAAUCGACCAAUGACAAGAAAUUCAACUGAAGAGCAAUUACCAACUAGCAGUAUUUCUCAAGCUGAAGUUUCCAUAAAAGCAGGAACCUCGAAGCCUCCUAACACUCAUCAGUUGUCUGAUCAUUCAAAUAAACCCUCUGGACCCUCUACAGGCUCCCAUAAUCGGAGUAAUGACUAUGGAAAUUCAGAUCACAAGCUCCAUGGAGAAUCAAGGGCUGUGGAGCCCUCUGUGUACCGGGAGAACUUUAUGGAGGGUCAAAAUACGAAAACUGGCUCUGAGUGGAACAGUAGUGAGGAUAUCAAAGAAAACAACAAUGGGGGAAAUAGGGCAAGAGAAAGAGAUUUGAAAGAUAAAUACCACAUCAAUAACGUAGAAUCUAAAGAAGCUGGAAAAGCUCAGUCGCCAUCCGAAAUGAUUGAGAAAAUAGAUACAAACAAAUUGAAGGAAUUGCGUGAAAAGAGAAGGAAGUCCCGGGGAGAUGUGCUUCGCAAGAAAGACUUGAUGGAUGAGUAUGAUCCCAUUGUGAAGGAGCUAGAAGAAGGGGUUGAGUUGGCAGCUGCUGAGAGCGAGAAAAUAAAACAGGAAAAGAAGCAGAAUUGGACUCAGCCCUCCACCCGACUAGAUAGUGAUAGUUCACAUAAUAUUAAACCUCUUGAGACACCCGGAGACCGGCAUCAUUUGGGCUCAAAGAACCUGAAGUAUCAUGGACUUGAUGUUGAGAAUGUAGAAGAAGGUGAAGUGUCUACAAUAGAUGAUUCUAACUGGGAUUAUGAAUCACCAAAAUCCAAUGAUAGGAAGAGAAAGGGUGGGAGCUCACCAGACAAAACAAGUGAUGGAAAGAGAUGGCGUGAUAGUAUGCCAGGGGAUUUUCCUGAAGAGAAAAGGAGGAUUGGCCACCUUGGUUAUCCUGAUAGGGAUCAUAAAAGACAUGUUCCGGAAAACCAUACCUGAAUUUUGUUUAUUUUCCAUGAAGGUUGUUAGCCGGCCUGCAUAUUGUUUGUAGUAGAGGCUUAGAUCAGCAUGCAGCUACUUGAUUGAAAUAUAUGUACGUGCAAAAUGCCAUUUUUUUGUGCUGCUUCAAGUUGUUGAUUAGGUUUCCAGCGAGCUUUAUUUGUAUUAAAAAAGAGAGAAAAGUCUGAGUCUCACUGGUCAAAAUUUUGCUGUUAAGUUUAUUAUUUCUAUGGCGUCUUUAUCACAUGUUUUCCUUUUGUUCUUUUGAUUGGAUGAUUAACCAUGGGUCACUAUGAUGAUAAUAAUUGGAACAAGUUGUCUUGUGUGCUCAAA